AGGAGCGGUGCGGGGCGGGGAGAGGCCGGCGGCGCCGCCUGCUGUCACUCUGGAGGGCGGCCAGCAGCAGAGAUGGAGCCGGGGUCCAGUGCUCCGUGUCUGUCCGCGUCUCCCGGCUGCAUCCCCCCGGGGCACAGCGCUCUGCUCACCGCCCUGCCGCUCUCCCCGGACGCGCUGCGGUUUGAUGAGGAGGAGGACGACCUGGAGGUGUUCAGUAAGGACGCUAAUCUCCUUGAUGGCAGUUCAUUCAGUCCACUGAUGCUGGCCUCUCCAUCAUCCAUGAUAAACCAGGUUAAGUUUGAGGAUGAACCUGAAGUCAAGGACCUCUUCAUUACAGUCGAUGAGCCUGAAAGUCAUAUUACUGCCAUUGAAACUUUUAUUACCUACAGGAUUGCUACGAAGACAACUCGCAGUGAGUUUGACUCUAGUGAAUUCGAAGUUAGGAGACGUUAUCAGGAUUUCUUGUGGCUAAAAAGCAGACUUGAAGAGGCCCAUCCAACUUUAAUAAUUCCGCCUUUACCAGAGAAAUUCAUAGUCAAAGGAAUGGUGGAAAGGUUCAAUGACGAUUUCAUCGAGACUCGGAGAAAGGCGCUGCAUAAAUUUUUGAACAGAAUAGCUGAUCAUCCCACAUUAACCUUUAAUGAAGACUUCAAGAUUUUCCUCACCGCUCAAGCCUGGGAGCUGACAUCUCACAAAAAACAAGGUCCUGGAUUGUUCAGCAGAAUGGGGCAGACAAUCAAAGCUGUAGCGUCUUCUGUAAGGGGAGUUAAAAAUCGCCCUGAUGAGUUUAUGGAAUUGGGAGAAUAUAUGGAAGCUUUUGGGCAGAAAAUAUCUGUAUUAGACAAAGUAUCACAAAGAAUUAUUAAAGAAGAAAAAGAUUAUUAUGAGGAGAUGAAAGAAUAUGGCCCUAUCUACACUUUAUGGUCGGCUUCUGAAGAGGACCUGGUAGACCCUCUGAGAGGGAUGGCGGGCUCCAUAGACAAGUGCUCCAAGGUCACCGAAGUCUUGAAUUCUAAGCUCUCCAACGAUCUGAUUCCAAUUAUUCAUGAAUAUGUUCUAUACAGUGAAACCCUUUCUGGAGUGCUAAGAAGAAGAGAUCUGAUUCAGGCCGAACUUGAUGCCAAAGUGGACGCUCUGGUGAACAGAAAAGCUGACAAAGAGAUUUUGAAGGGUGAGAUUGAAAAACUUGAAGAUAAAGUAGAAUGUGCCAAUAAUGCUUUGAAAGCUGACUGGGAGCGAUGGAAAAAAAACAUGCGGACUGACUUAAAAGCUACGUUUAUAAACAUGGCCGACAGCAGGAUCAACCAUUAUGAAGAGUGCCUUGCCACUUGGGAGUCCUUCCUUUCAUCUCAGUCGUGUGACGAACAGUUUGACGCACAAGAAGAGGAGGGGUCCUGAAUCCCACGAACAAGCCUUAUCUGUGAUAUAUACUAUUAUAUGUAUAGUAGUCCAUGUGACCAAAGAAGUGACCUUAAUUAUAGAAGGACCAACUGGAGACGGCUCAGAACGUGCCCUGUAAAUUGAGCACUGCCAAAGUUGAUUCUGUCCUAGUCUUCCAGGCACCAAAAUCAACCCGGUUAAUUAAGGAUCAAUUAUUCGGCUGCCAAGACUUUUUUGUAUGCAUGAAAGACACUUGGAUCAAGCUGUGUACAUCACCUAUUAUGUGUGCUCUUCAAUUUAUUUUGUAUUUAGUAAUUGUUUUAAGCAUAAUGUAAAAGAAAACCUUUUAAUUAAAGUGUUUAAUG